CAGGAUUAAUGUUUUAAACAAUGUCAGGAUUGAUUACCUGGAUUAAAUGAUCACUAUUUGAUGACACUGACACUGACACUUUUGUUUAUAAUAUGUGAUAUUUUGAGGCCAGAUUAAAGAAAUUAAAGGAUUAAGAUUGACCAAUCAGAACGCUUCAUUUUGAGUUUCAAACAAUUUUUGGGUUUAAAAGCAGGAAAAUUUCUCUUGGAAUUCAUUAUUUAUUAAUGCAACUACUACAUAACACUCAAGAUGACAGCAGAAAACACAAUAACCAACUGGAUGCAGAAGACUCUACAAGCUGACAACACCAAGGUUCCUGAUAUUGAGAGAGUCUUCUCUGAUAGCUGCCUCAAGAGAUGCCAAGAAGAAGUCGGCCCAGUUACCAAGACAAGAUUUGGUAUCCUUCUGCGACAGGUGUUCGGGAAAGUUACCAUUACAAGAGCAGGACGUGGACGCCAGAGAAGAUAUUUCUACAAGGAACUGGCUUGGAAAGAGUAUACUAUGAAUGUCGAAAGCCAGAUCCCAGUACACCCUCAACCAACGCCUAUUGUUUGGCACGAUACUGCAAGAACUGAGCUGUUCACAUCUGAUGACACUGAUUUCAGCGCGCCUCAUGAUGUCGUAAAUCGUAUCAUAGAGGAUGUGGACGACGCCAACAAAGACAUCAAGAUAGCAGAGUUGGAGGCUGCUCUGCAAGAAGCAACAGCAACUGCUGCCAACAACCAGAGGGAGCUGCGAAGGGCUCAUAACAAGAUUCGGGACUUGGAGGCGUCACUAGCUAAUGAGCGUGAAGAGAAAAACAGCUUAUAUAGAGCUUUAUCACAUCUCCAGGAAUUGCCAACACGUGAAGCGUUAUUACCAUACCGUGAAGUCGAAUUAACCGCAUUCACUACACCAUUGGGCAUUCUGGGAGAAGGUGCUUUCGGGUCCGUAAAGGCAUUGCGUGACCAGACUGGAGCUGAGAUUGCCGUGAAGAGAAUGGCAUCAACAACAGACCUUGUACGAGAAGCAAUCAACCUCAUCCAUCUUAGUGAGAUAGAACAUGUACAGCAGCUGAUCGCCAUUCCCGACUCUCACACACUGGUUACAGAGUUUGUCCACAUGGACAAAAGCAGGAGAUCAACCCUCGAACGUGUUUUGGAUCACCAGGAUUAUUACCAGCUCAACAACAAGGACUACAUAUCCCAGUGCCUCUGCCUGACUACAACACUGAUGCAUAUCCAUUUUAGAGGAAUGCUCCACAAUGAUAUCAAAACGAACAAUUACUGUCUAGUCACCAAGACAGAGGGUAAACUGAUUGAUUUUGGACUCUCAUCAUCACUUUCGGCACCUCUUAUCUUCAAGGAUGGACUUUCAUCAGGACGGGAUUGGAUUGCUCCUGAGAUUCAGGAAGGGUAUGCAGCCUCAAUCCAGAGUGACUUAUACUCUCUUGGGACAUUAUUUAAGGACAUUCGCCAGAGAACUUCCGUGAGAGGCUUGUCUGGGCUAAUUUCACUCCUUCACAAGAGGUCACCAGCAGAUCGUCCUUCAAUCAUCCAAGUGAUAGACAUUUUAGAGAAGUGCCUGUCCUCUCAGUAGUGAUGUUAUGUAAUAUGUGAUAAUAUGUUAACAUGAUGUAAUAUAGUGUACUAUAAAAAUGUAUUUUCUAAAUAAACUGAUCAACUGUAACUAAAUAUUGUUUGUUUUUUUAUUUGUAUCUAAUAGCGAUGAUGGUACUUGAGUUGGAUCUUCAGUUAAAUAUAUGAAAUGGCAGUUCAGUGUUAAUCAAAAUAGAAAAAUCCUAAUUACAAUGUGAAUAUGAUCAAUUGAUAUUUUAUUUUAUAGUUUAUUUACGUCUCACAGCAAGAAUUUAAUAUAUAAUACUUAAUUAACAUUUUUAAAACACUGCCCCAGCCAGUGCAGCUUAUGAGAGACUCAUAUACUUAAUACAUGUAUAAAGUAUUGCACAUACAAAGUGUCAAUCAACAUUUUGUCAUUCAUGCAUUGUCCACGUAGCAUAAAAUACAAUGUACUCUAACUGAGGAACAUUUUGCAUAAAUGUUAUUUGUUUAGUGUUGCACAAUUUCAAUCUUAUCAAUAAUCUUCAAUACUAAUUUAUUUUUUCAGGUCUUGAACAAUCUGAGGUCGAUUCAACUCUUAAGAGUAAUGACCCUUCUUGUAUCAAACCCAGAUGUUCAAGAGAUAUUGAAGAAGAAAAAAUUGUGAGUGUUUUUAACUAUUUAAUAGAAUUCAAAUCAUGCAGUGCAUUUCCUGAAUUUAAC